AUGAGUGUCUAUCGACCCAUUAACGCGCUGUCCAAUGCAUCACGGCCGUGUGUACACAAACAUCAGCGAGUCCAUGAACUGUCCCUCCAAUACUCCCAGCGGCCUAUGAACGGCAACGCUUCCAUGCGGUACUCGCGGUACGACGAAAGUGCCGACCCUGAUAUGCGUGACAAGCAGGCCCCUUCCGAGGUCCAGAGCCAAACGAAGUUAGAAAUCGCCCAGAAAUAUGGCCUGACCACUCGCGAUCUACGGGUGUUUGAUCUCCCUUCCGCUGGAUUUCCGCAUGUCCUGGUUCGGGAACAUGCGAUUUUGGUCCACUUGUUUGAUCUGCGGCUGCUGAUUGAGUGUGACCAUGUCUUGCUUUUCCAUCUGGCUAGUAAAUCUGUUGAGGCUGGGAGUGCGAGUUCCAACAGUAAUGGCGACGACGAUGAAAGUGAUUUUGGCAUUGGUAGCAGUGUCUCACAGGUUUUCAGUCACAACCUCGAGCGAAAGCUUCUAGGUAGCGCCAACAGUACAACCCAGCCUUACGAACUACGGGUUCUCGAAGCAGCGCUUGCCUCAGCGACGUCUGUCCUCGAAGCGGAGUACAGCCUUACCGCAGACGAAGUCUCCCAACUCCUCCGGAAGACACACCAGGACGCGCCCUUCAUAUCAGACAAGGAAAAGGAAUACGAGUCGCUUAUCCACGCCCUUCUUCGCCUUUCUCGUCAUCUUGCAAGUAUUGAUCAAGCCGCUCGGCAGGUUCGCACACUGACUUCCGAGGUCCUCGCCGAGGAUGAAGAUAUGGCGAAUAUGUACCUCACCGAUAAAGCUCAGGGAAAGCCACAUCUUCCGUCCGACCACCAGGACGUCGAGUACCUUUUUGAAGCGUACUUUAAGGCCUCCGACACCAUUGUGCAGGAGGCCACACGUAUGAUGGGCAAUAUCACACGCACGGAAGAGACGAUCCGCGCUGCGUUAAGCGUGCGGCGUAACCAGAUCAUGGUUCUCGAGGCGCGGAUUGAGAUCUUGAUGCUUGCGCUUGCAGGCGGGACGCUGGUGGCAGGAUGGUAUGGUAUGAAUGUUGUUAAUGGGAGCGAGGAAAGCAGUACGGCCUUCGGGGCGAUUGUUGUGGGCAGUCUGAUGGGCGUUGGCCUCAUCACCUGGGGUGGGCUACGGCGGCUGAAGAGGAUUAAUAAAAUACGGGUUUAA